AUGAAUAGCAAAAUUUUCAGUCGGGAUGAACCGCAAUGUUCGGCUUCCUUGUGACUAUUAUGGUGACUGCUAUUGCCGCUUUGCUUACCGUUAUUGGCUUUAAUUUGGUUUCAACUGCGAGACUUUUGGGCUGGCAUUUGCCGGCAAACCCACACAGAAUCCGGCGGAUCAGAGCAGGCGCUGAGUUUUGACAAGUAAAAAUUAUUAGUUUCUCCCCAAAAAAAAAUGGCCACUCUCGAAAUGGCCUUGGCUGUGGUGAGCAUCUACGAUGGAAUCCGAAGCUGCUUUUCUGGUAAAACCACUACCAGCCCCAUAAAGCCCCACAAACCUUCAAAGAUGCACAGCCAACGUGGUCGCAAAAAGCACCGAUCGAAGGUGCAUUAUCGCAGCCAUCGUUGUUGCGGCGGAGCGGACUGGAGUGUCGCUCAGCGGGUCUUCCGGGGCUAUCGCUCGGAGACCAACUCCAUUACCAGCUGCUCCGCACUAUCGCUCUCCGAGUUCGAGGCCUCCACGGACUACAUUCUGCAGCAGCACCGCAGUAGCCAGCACUGCGAGGCUAACAUCCAGCCAACGCUGACGCCCGCCGACUCCCGCUUCGAGCUGCACGACUGUCUGCCGGGUCUGACCGCCGCUCUGGACCAGGUCCAGCACCAGCAAAAGAGAUUGCGGCUGCUCCGGCGGCGCACCCUGGUGGAGAAUGCCCGCGAGGUGAUUGGGAUACAGUGCGCCAGCUGGUGGAGCCGAUACUCCCCCGAUCUUCCGGCAUUGAGCAUGGAAUCGAGUCUGGACUUUCUCUCUAGCCGGCUUUCUCCGCCGGAGAGAGAGGAGAGUGAGCCGGAAGCAGAGGUCAUGGUUUAUAUUCGUAAUUUUGUAAACAAGUGCCGAAAGAUCUACAAAGCGGCGUAUACUGUCAUCUCGGAUGCCUAUCCUGACCUGUCACCCGCCAUGGAUUUGCUCGAUAUCAAUGAACUGAUACCCGCUGUGAACAGUGCCCUCAUCGAGUAUUUGCUGCGCCUGGAGGAGCUCCCAGAGAGCAAUAGUUUUUAGAACUUUAUGGAUGUUUAUUCCCCAAUAAAUCCCAUCAGAA